CUCCUCGCAAAGCAACAAACGCGCUUUCAGCGACAGGAAGAGUAACGAGACAGCUUGAGCAAGACUUGAACAUGCAGUUUUGUCAGCUCAGCCGUGGCUAAAGUUACGAGUUUGUGGAUAAGACAAUUUAAAAAGAAGAAAAAAAACCAUUCCCGAGGCAUCCUGAUUUUCCUCCUCAGAUUUUUCCACAACAGAGCAGAGCAACUGUCCCGGACUGUCCACAGCACUCUGUAUACGUCUGGGAGAACAGAGAGGCGACAAGAAGAAUGACGAGUUCCUGAGAUGCUCAACGGACUCGUACAUGAUUUUCUAAGGCCUCCAGAAGCUGAAGACGGGGUGUCAGUGACAGCACGAGUGACCUCUCUGAGCUGCCACCAUGGCCCUGGUUCAGCCUCUACCUGUAUCUGCUGAGCCCCACACCCCAAGCCUGAGUGGAGGAGCUCGCAGACGACACCCUUCUGCCCCUUCCCCCCCCAUCAACGCGCCACUGGCCACUCUGGAUCCUAUGGGUUCUGUCGGUAGCCUCGUCACCACCCACCCUGGUCCCUACCAGGACCAUCGCCCAAUUGUUGAGCUGGGAGCCAGAGUUCGACGGCCCACACCAGGAGUUUCCCGCGUGGACUCCGAGUCGCCCCAACAGGAUCUGUUACUGCAAAGCAUUCCCCCAGUCAAAAAACAGAACUCCACGACGUCCAGCAGAGGGCUGGAGAAGGAGACUGGGAACGGGAACUACACAUAUCUGAAUGAGGACUACAUAGGUGACUGGAAUGACAGUCAUGUGACACCUGGCAGCCCAGGAAGUGAAGUAGACGAGAUUAAAGAAGGAUUAAAUGGAAAUAUUGGAGGACCUCCUCCUAAACUGAUCCCAGUGUCAGGAAAACUUGAGAAGAAUAUGGAGAAAACAGUGCUGCGGCCCACUGCCUUCAAACCCGUCAUUCCCAAGAGCCGCUCCUCGAUGCAGUAUCUCUCGCCUCGCCAUUGUGCCAAUGUGCCAGAAAGCCAAAACAACCUGAACCUGCUCAGCCCCACCCACAGAGAUGUGUCGCCCUCCUGCUCUGAGAAGCGUAGCUCCUAUAGUGGUGGGCGUAACGCCGCUGGUGGUAACAGCCAGUCUUGCUCAUUAUCAGACUCUGGACGCAAUUCCCUCUCUAGCCUGCCGCCUUACAGUGCUGCCAGCUACAACCUGCCGUCGGGGGAGGCUUCCGCUGGCCACCUAGAGCCCAUGAAGAGCGCCCCGCCAGUGACUGUACAUGGACACUCCAACUCAGACAGCGGGCGAUCCUCCUCCAGUAAGAGCACAGGCUCUGGGUCGAUAAGUGGGCGGGGGCAGCCUCUGUCUGACAGCGGGUCUGGUGGGCGUUCUCCUGGCCCUGUGGAAGGCUAUGAGGGGGUGGUAAGGGAUCUAGAGGACAAACUGAGGGAGAGAGAGCUGGAGCUGCAGCAACUCAGAGACAAUCUGGAUGAGAAUGAAGCUGCAAUAUGUCAGGUUUAUGAGGAGAAGCAGAAGCGCUUUGAGCUGGAACUGGAGGAGCUGAGGCAGGGCUGUGCCACCAGGAUGCAGGUUGCCUCUCAGAAAGCCCAGCGUGCACAGCAGGUGCUUCAGCUGCAGGUUUUCCAGCUCCAGCAGGAGAAGAAGAAACUUCAGGAGGACUUUGCUCAGCUUCUGAAGGAGAGGGAGCAGCUUGAGGAGCGCUGCACCUCGUAUGAGCAUGAGAAGAUCCAGCUGGGCCCUCGACUCGAGGAGACCAAGUGGGAGGUCUGUCAGAAGUCUGGGGAAAUCUCGUUGCUGAAGCAGCAGUUGAAGGAAGUGCAGAGUGAGUUAGCUCAGCGUGUGGGGGAGAUCGUCUCACUGCGGGGUCAACUCAGGGAGACUCGUGGCGAGCUGACCAACACCCAGGUGCUGCUCCAGGAGGCCCACGGCACCAUCCGAACUCGAACACUGGAGCUGGAGGUGUGUGAAAAUGAGCUUCAGCGUCGCAAGAGCGAAGCAGAGCUACUCAGAGAAAAGGUAGGACGCCUGGAGGGGGAAAUGGCUCAUCUCCGAGAUGCUCUGGUCAAUCAAGGCCCGGGAAACAGACAGUGUCAGGUGUUUCAGGAAGCCGAGGAGCAGCUGCUCGCCUACGAGAGCGACGAAGCGAAGGCUCAGCGGCAGAGCAACACCGAGGCGCUGCAGAGCAUGAAGGUGCAGAUGGACAGGAUGAGAUCCGAGUUAGCUUUUGAGCGUCAAAAAGCUGAGCAGCAACUGGGAAGCUUUGAGGAGGAGCGCAAGAUAUGGCAGGAGGAAAAGGACAAAGUAAUUCGCUACCAGAAGCAGCUGCAGCAGAACUAUGUGCAGAUGUAUCGCAGGAACCGAGAGCUGGAGCAGCUCCUGCAGGAGCUCAGUUUGGAACUGGAAAGCAGAGAUGAUGAUGAGGGCAGCGGCAAUGAGAUCAACUUUGAUGAAAUUGCCGCAACAGAAAUUUGACCCUCGUAUCUGUCCUUUGAUUGUGUUUCUUUUUUUUCUUUUUUUUAAAAUUUUGCACUACUGUAAGCUAAUUGUCUUUCCUCCUUCAUGUUCAGACAAGCAUAAAAGUACUUAAAAUGUAAAAAAAAAGUGGUGUUUCACACCUGCACCGCUUGAUUUCUGCUUCAUUGGUCUGGUCUACAAGUCUCACUUUAAAGCCACUGACCUUUAAUUAGUUGUUAGCCCUCCACCUCAAUCCUUUGCCCUUCUAUUAAUGUCUGUUAGUAUUAACACCGACCAGAUAUAAGCAUACGAGCCCUGGUCCUCUCACGCUUUUCAAAGUUCGUGGGAGAUUUUGUUUGUGGGUGACUCACUUCUCUCAUUCUCUCAACCUUUCGCUAUCCUCCCCCUGUGUUGGUUAUGACUCCACCUUCCCUGCUGGCUUUAGCACUCCCACUCUGUGUUAGUAGUCAGCUCUCAUUAGUGCAGUUCAUUUAGACGGAGCCCACGCUGUCGUCAGUGAUUGUGGGAUACCACACAAUCAGGAUGUCAUGAUAAGAGUGAGUGAAUCAGAGCCUGGUGCUAAUCGCUGACAGGUCUAUCUUGUUGUUUUCCUCAGAACUAGUCAAGCUUUUAUGCUAACUGUUCAUGACCAACAAGUAAACUGUUGAUCGUUCUCUACUUAUUUUCACUGUAGCAACAAAAAACAAAACCCUAGUUUUUUUGUUGCCCAAAUAUGUUGUUUCUGGACAUGUAAUGAUCUUGGAAAACAAACUUAAGGCUUCUUAAAAAUGCACUCUGAUAGUUUGGAAAUACAAAGUGGACUAUUAGUCUUUAUUUAUUUUAUUUUAUUUUUUCACAUUUAUACUAUUACAAGGUGGAUGCUCAUAUUAAAAAUGGCCAAUUAAAAAAAAUCUAAAAAAAAAAUUAGGUCAGCAUUUGAGCAAGUAAUCCCUGUGAGCCAAAAGCUCUGGCUUUUUAAAGUGCAUGUCCUUAAUAUAGUCAUAUCUGGCACACAUCAGCCCCAGCCACCUACUGUUCACACCUUCUGUUAGCGGUGGGCAGCCAAUCAAAAGAUCGCUUAGAGCUGCCUUAAGGCCCAGUAUGAGAUAUUUGACAAGUAUAACCCCAGGAUUAACACUCGGUACAGCUGGAGCUGAUUGCAUCCACUUAAGACAAUGCUUGUAGUUUCACCAUGCUGCGUUCUGGUGUGAUUUGAAGGUUCGCAAGGAAUGGCAAAAAAUUGUCAGAAUUGACAGAGACAUUCAACCAGUGUACUCCCCAGAGCUCGUAAUGUGCACAAUAGGUUCCCCUUAUCCCUAAAUUAAUGGAGAGGGUGGAAGCCGUGUCAUCAACAUCUGUCUAGUCUUAAUUCACAGUAUUUAACAAUGCCUGGAACAAAUAUUACUUUAACACCACUACACAUAUCAGCUUUAAGCUCGCACAGACACAAACAUCUGUGCCACAGUUAUCUCAAGAUUGGAUUAAAUAACUCUCCCGGAGAGUAGCAGCAGAACAUGAGGAUAAAAUCUUCCAAAACCUUAACAGGACAGUAACUUCAUGAUAUCACUGCUUUAAAGAUGAUAUUUACCAAAAAACAAUGUCCCAAAUCACUUCCUGUUUACUGUUCGAUUUAUAGUUUUUCUGCACCAUACAGUGGCUUUAAUUUCCAGAUACGGAACAAAAACGAUCUCCAUGUCAUGUUUACCUCUUUCUGUUACCAGUGCUGUAGUACAGUCAGUCACAUCUUAUUCAAAUCUACGCUAAAAAGUGUGCUCACUCUUAGUAAAAUGCUGAGCAUGUGUUUUACGGGUGAGAAAUAGCCCAGGACUCUGAAACUGAAGCAGCAAAAUGGAGAUUAGCCAUGAUUUAUUUACUUAUGUACACCUGUGCAUAAUCGUCUUGCUGUUUUUGCAAAAGCUAGACUGUCUUCAUUUUGUUAGUGUUUGGUGGAAACACCGUUAACUUCUCCCUUAAGUUUAGGAUCAAACUAUUUUGGCUUUAAAGAAAUAUGACAUCAGGACAAUAUGGAUGAUAAUUUUGUCUGGUAAUAAAUCAAGCGCACCCCUGUCCUUUACAGCAGUGCAACUUCACUUCUAUCCUAAAACCGAAAACAAAUUCACCAUUCAGUUCAGCUUGAACUAAAUGGAGAGACAAACAAGAGUCUUUGGUCAACAAGCUCUAACUCCAGAACAUGUUUGAAGUGAAAGGAUCAUCAGUGUUUGCCUGCAAACAGGAUCUCUGAGGGUUUCUCAUCUGGUCCUCUUUCAGUGAUGGUUAACCGGAUGUUUGCUGGUUAUCUGCUACUGCUCUCCCUCUGGUCCAAAGAGGAGCAGCAGUUUUUGUAAGUUUAACUUAAAAUGCACCAACUAGCCUGAAGGUCAAGGAAAUCCCAUGUGAAAAGCCCCCUUUUUUUUUUAGGUUUAGCAAAUUCACGGUUUUAAAUCAUCAAUAAUCAUGUUAAAUAAUCAGGAUUGCAAGAUUUUGUCCAAAAUUAUCAUGAUUGUGGCUUUUGCCUAAAUCGAGCAGCCUUAUUUUGUGGUUGUGGACCUGCUGCUGAGCAUGCAGAAGUAAAUAAGGGAGAGGUUGUCAGUGUUGGGAAUUAGAUGCAGUGUUUUGGAUCUCCUCAAACAUCCAGAUAUUAAAGGGAAAUCAUAAUGCCUAAUUUCUUAUAUCACACAGUAUAUUGUGACUGUUUUUCCCCUUUAUCAUUGUUUUGUUUUUUAAUCAUAAUUGGAGAAACUACUCUCAAAGAGGUCGUCGUUUUUCUGUGUGGAUAAAGUGUUAUGAACGUUUCCGUAUUACUCAUCGCGGAAAUGGCGAGCUCUUGUACCAAGUGACGUUUUCGUUUAAAGUCAAACUAAUUUUCCACCGACUGCUUGAAUCUGUUUAUUUACGCCCCUGUACCACAGGAGGAGACGCGUCCUGUUCCUCUCUCACUGCUGAGUGAAUCAUUAUUAUCCUCCAUUAUUAUGUAAAUAAACCUCACUUGUCCAUAACAUGAUAAAGUUUUCUUCCAGAGAUGUGUUCAUCUCACAAUAAAAGCAUAGCCACUGUGAAUAGACCAAAGCAAUGUCCCACGUUCUAUAUUUUGCUCCUACAGAUAUGCCUGUAUAUUACUGUUUGUGUAGAUGUUUGUUUUGGUUCCUCAGUAUAAUUUUAUAAUCCACAAUAUUUGUAUGAAAACAUUAAAUGUAUAUUUUCAUGCUGUACAUUUCUUGAACAAACCCACUCUGGUUUUAAUAAUAAAAAAAGAGACAAAAGUUUAA